UACUUGUGACGUUAGUUGGUCCCCAAAUGUUAAAAACUAUUAAUUUGUUAAAAUGCUACGUGUUUAAUGUAAAUGAUACGUUGUGUGAUAAACAAUAGCACUUCCGCAAAAUGGCUAAACAUCCGACAGUGAUAGAAAUCAAAUCAUUAUGAUUUUGCAGGAUAGGGACACUCUAAGAUAAUAAAAUAACAUGCGACUGAAACGCACAAACUUCGUACUAGGAAUAUUCGUAAUAACUUGGGCUUUAGUGUUGUAUUUUGCAUUCCUGUCCCAUCUAACAACUAAAAGUGAACCAAAUGGAAACGUCGAUAGCCAAAUCAUGAUACUGGAACAAGGCAUAUCAGAACAGUUUAAAAUAAACAAUGACAUGAUCCAUGACGCUAGGAGGUUUUUGGAAUUGAAGAGCCAAGGGGACGUUGGCAAAAGUAGUAUAAAGGAUUUCCAAGACUUCAAAUUGCCAGUACUAGUAUUUGCGUGCAAUAGAGUUAGUGUCAGUAGGUGCUUAGAUAGGCUUUUGCAAUACAGACCAGACCCUGACAAAUUUCCAAUAAUCGUGAGCCAAGACUGCAAUCAUGAGGAAACCACCGAGACUAUAAGACGGUACGGAUCUCAAGUGUCACUUAUCCAGCAACCAGACCAAUCCGAUAUUCAGGUACCUCCCAAAGAAAAAAAGUUCAAGGGAUAUUUCAAAAUUGCGCGUCACUACGGCUGGGCCCUCAACCAAAUGUUUUUUAAUUUUAACUUUAGUACUGUUAUUAUAGUUGAAGACGACUUGGAGGUGGCUCCAGACUUCUUUGAGUAUUUCCUUGGUACUUACUCCAUUUUAACGCGCGACCCGACCCUCUGGUGCGUCUCCGCCUGGAACGACAACGGGAAGGAGGGUCUGGUGGACGAAAAUCGCCCAGAUUUGUUGUACCGCACGGACUUCUUUCCCGGCUUGGGGUGGAUGUUGACGAAGUCCUUGUGGCUGGAACUGUACACCAAGUGGCCGAGGGCCUAUUGGGACGAUUGGAUACGCGACCCGUCGCAGAGAAAGGGCAGGGCGUGCGUUAGACCGGAAAUAUCGAGGACGAGGACGUUUGGCAAGUUUGGGGUUUCAAAUGGUAUGUUUUUCGAGAAGCACUUAAAGUACAUAAAACUGAACGAGAAGUUUGUGCCUUUUACCAAAAUGAACCUGAGCUACUUAGUGAAGCAGGCGUAUGAUAGGGAUUUUAUUAGAGAUGUUUACCAAAGCGUGAUAGUCAGUUACCAGGAGUUGAAAGAGGGCAAAGUCGCCCACGAUGGGCCCGUGAGGAUCGUUUAUCGCUCAAAGGAAGAGUAUAAAAUAUUCACGAAAAAGUUGGGGCUCAUGGACGAUUUUAAGAGUGGGGUCCCCCGAACUGCGUACAAGGGUAUUGUCACUUUCCACUACAAGGGCCGAAUGGUGCACUUGGCCCCCAAUGUGAACUGGAAGGGGUACGACCUGACGUGGAGCUAACCGAAAGAUUCCUAGUUACUUACACAAUUCCAUGUUUGAUAUUAAUAUAUUUGUUGUUUUAUGUUUGCACAUUAAAAAUGUGGACUGUUGGAAUUUUAAUUUUGUUCUAAUCAAGUUGAAAAUUGUGAUAAAGUUUGUAAUGGCAACUUGCGAGUUGGCUAGAUAAAUGCGAGCAUUUAGUCUAGCCCGCUAAUCUGUAUAAGUUCAAAUAUCGACUGCUCGAUAAAUUGUUAUGCCAAUUAAGACAUGUACAUAGAAAGCGAGCGAGCUGCCAAUAUUUAUGUUUUAUAUUCUAAACAUUUUUGCAUUUAUACAAUAGAAUACGCAAGAUUGUAAAAUAUGUAGUUCAAUUUAGCAAUAUCUUAUGUUGUAAGUUUUGACAGCUCAUUCGCAGUAUAUGAAUCGCGCUUCUUAAUGUAAAUAAAAGUGGAUAAUUAAUAAAAUUGUACAAAGUU